CCCCGUGACGAAUGUAAAACCAGCCAUGAAAAUGCUGAAACCCAUAAACGGAAAACGGAGAGUGGGCCAUAAAAAGGUUUGGCUCUGGGCCCGGGGCUGGAAGCCAGGCCUAUAGCCCGUUCGGUUUAUGGUCAAUUAGAAAGAGGCUCAUUUGCAUGCGUCUUAACAUGGCCAAGUGCGAAUGUCAUUUGCUCGUCAUCUGGCUUUUAGGGCUAGCCCUGUCCCUUGAUGGCGACAACACAUAUCCUGCGACUUGGAAGUGCUUGUACAAGGAUUUUCCAGUGGAUGUUGAAAAGAUGAAGGGAGCCUGGUGGGUUUAUGCUUGCAAUCCGAUGAGAUCAAGGGAAUGUUACUUCAAAGAACUAGAUCUCUAUUGGACCCGAAUCACCAUGACAGACUACAUAAGCCAUGCCGUGGAACUGCACUGUUCUAUGCCUUGGAUGCGACAACGCAUGAUGAUCUAUACCAGGGCGAAGGAACCCACCAACGAGACCCUGACAGCUAUCCAGUCUUACCUGAGAACCGUUCUACUUACGUUCAGGAACUUUACCAUCAGAAAAAAACCAAAAGACUGCGAAAAGGAUCAGGUUAGGCAAAUGCAGCGUUGGCAUGUCCCCAAGUAUAUGUCCCAGGACUUCCAUCCCCAUUACAUCAAGCCCCUGGUGGUGAACGAAAAUAUCUGACAUCAGACCGUUUGUAUCUUGCCGAAUUCAGCAGCUUCUCUCUCUCUGUGGCAACUUUCUUUGGUUCAGAAAUUUACAUACGCCAAAUUUGGUACAAAUAUGCGAAUAUCUUAAAACAAAGAAUAAGUUUAUGAGCAAGUCGAAGCUCAGAUACUCUGACAUUAGCAGGGGAGAGAAAUUGUGAUUCAAGGGAAUGUACAGGCGACAUAAUAAUUUAUUCAUUGGCAGUGAAAGGUCGGUCCCCAGGUGACCAAUUAAAAUGUUUAACCCCUUCGAUCGUA